GCGCAAUGGCUGACAACUUGCAUGAGUACGACCUUGGCGAUAUGGUGGGCUCGGGCUCGUCGGCGCAGGUGUAUUGGGCGCACCGCGUAUCGGACGGACAGCUAGUGGCUAUCAAAGUCCUGGACAAGAUGCAACAUGCGCUCAUUCGAAGGCAAUCCAAAUCCAUGUCCAUGACAACCGACAUUCACGAAAUCAAACUGCAGCAGCAGUUGAGCCACCGCAAUGUCUUGAAAAUACUAGAUGUCUUUGAGGAUGCCCGCAAUGCAUUUCUUGUCCUGGAACCGUGCCUGGGGGGUUCACUACAGACACUCCUCGCAAAAGAUGAUGGCAAUCGAAGGUUGCCAUUGGACGAAGACCGAGCCCAGCACUACAUUCGUAGUCUUGUUGCAGGCAUCGCGCACAUCCAUGACCACAACAUCAUUCACCGCGACCUGAAGCUGUCGAACAUUCUCCUCACAAGUGACGACGUCGUGAAGAUCGCAGACUUUGGUCUAGCGACGGAUCUCGCGGCAAACCAAACUCCCACCACCAUUUGCGGCACACCAAAUUUCAUCGCGCCGGAGGUCCUGCUGGGACACCCUUACACGAUUUCGGCAGACUUGUGGUCUCUCGGCUGCAUCGCAUACAGCCUCCUUGUUGGCACUGCGCCGUUCCAAGGCCAGACCGUGGCAGAAACUCUCCAAAACGUGAGCUCAAGGGAGUUUGAGGUCGCAAUGCCCGCAUUCCUUUCACCGCUGGCCGUAGAUUUUCUCCAAUGUUUGCUGUGUGGGGAACCGUCCAAACGAACGCCGUGCUCGGUGCUAGCUCACCAUCCGUGGCUCAUGCGCUCGCCAUCCAUGCCCUCUGACGUCGGCGCGGCGCAGCCAAGCGCCGUUAGUAUCUCUCUACCGGAGCGUCCACCAUCGAUACUGCCAACUCAUGAAUCCGAUGAGCGCUCCGAGUCGACCGCUGUACCCAAUCGCCCUGUCAAAGUUAAGAAAUGUACGACUCGCAGCAGCUCGCGACAACCACGCAUGAAACCUCGGCGACGACGGCAGCCUCGAAUCAUCAUCGAUAGCUCUAGCAGCGAAUCGUCUUCGAAUGAGUCGAAAUCUUCAUCGUUGUCCAGUGGAGAUGACGCCGAUCUAGCUCAAUUGCAGACCGUGCUGGACAAGAUGGCAUUGAGGGCAUCGUCGGCCAAAACGGAAUGUGUCCCCGCACCAGAGCCAGCAUCAACAGCGACGUCAGUCCAAGAAUCCGCAGCCCUCAACCCGCCUGUUGCAUCUUUUACGGUGGAAUACCAUUCCAUCUUGGGGCAGUCGACGUUGUCUGAGUUCAUAUGCUCCCGAACGAGUUUUGGUUUGGAAUUGCUCGGCCACGACGGUCGCGGUGAACCACACAUCGAGUACCACUUGGCGGACGGCAUCAUCCGAGGCACGCUCUCUCCCACGCGCCGUUUUGACUACAACUUGUCGUCACUGCCGCUGGUCGACCUGUCCGCCGACGUGUCGACAUGGAUUCGACUGGCUCAGUGGUGCUUGGGGCAGCUGCCCGUGCGAGAAGCUCGUCUUGCAUUGCCGGACGAGGUCCUCCAGAACUUGAAACGUUUGGAAGAGUUGGAACAAUCCCUUCGGCAAGAAGCCACAACAUCCAUGCAGACUCCCGCGGUGUCGCACGAGGCUGCCGCCGUCGCGGAACUCGCAGGCAUCGGCAUCGCCGAGUCGUUGGAAGAUGGAACGUUGUGUCUGUACUUUGUGGACGGCGCAGUGCUCCAAGUCGACGACUGUGCGGCCACCGUAUCGUACUUGCCGGUGGGUGCAUCGACCUUUGACGUGUUUCCGCUUCAUGUUGCAUCGAGUCUCGACUCUGCUUCAGAGAAUGAGACGUCGUAUGUUCAAUCGCCUGUGAUUCAGAUGCCCCACGAAGUGUCGAGGCGACUCAAGCAUCGCAACGCCACCAAGGCCCGAAUCACCACCGCCAUCCAUGAUACGAUGGUCGAUGCCAGCGCGACGCCGCUCGGUUACGAUCUCGUUGACGUGAAUGUGAACGAAACCGCGAAACUGCUGCCGAACCCCAAGAGCGCUGGUGGGUCUGGUGGAGACAUGUCUUCUCCUCCGUCGCGGCUUCUUGCCGAGCUCAUGGCGUCCGUGCGCCAAACACUUGUGUCGCUUCCCACGGUUGCCGAUGCUGCCACCCCCGAGUCGUCCAAGCCAGUCCAGCCGCCAUCUCCAACAGAUCUGCAAUUCCCCGACUUCGGUUGUAGUACCGAUGCAUUCGCGAGUCCAGUAUCGUCACAUGCCACCACUACAGAUCCAUGGAUGCUCCCCAGUAAACCAAUCGAUGGCGAAACCCUUGCCCAUACUCCCGCGCUGUCCUUCGAAGCCACCCAUUCGAUGGGAGCUAUCACCAACGAGUCGUGUAUUGCACCUGUCAACGCCACAACUCCAGCGGCAAGCGACGCCUUGGCACCCUGUCCCCCACACGAAGUGACCCGUGCGGUGACUAAACCGCUUGCCGUCGACAACGUGUCUAAAGAUCAACCCCUUACACAAGCAGUACCCGAAGAAGCCCCUGCAAUGCUUGCCUCCCCGUCGCCGCUUCUCCCUCCGUUGAUUCACGCUAUGCUCGAUGACGUACAAGUCGACAUCGCGCGGUUUUACAUUCCGGUCGACCUAGUGACAAUCCGCAUCUUGGUGCAUGUUCAACGGAGUUUGAUCGGCUUUCUCGACGCCAUUGCCAACGACGGAGGCAAUCAAACGAUCCUUGCGCAGUUGCCGCUGCGGCGAAUGCGGCAUCUCAGCUGCGUCAUGGGCGUGGAAACUAUAUUGAGCUGGCUCUGGCGGCACGGGUCGGUUUGCGUCCAAGCAUGGCUCCGCGGCGCGAUUUUGAACGUGCGUGGGGCUCGACAACGUCCCGCUGCGCCAUUGAUGAUCACGGCCACCAACAUGGCACCGGUUGUCCUGGCAGUUCAAAAGCACACGAAAGCCAAGCACCCACAACGUCCACUCGAGUCUGUUCGGUCCAGGGACCCGUUGGGGCCGGCAUGUACCCUCGUGCUCCACGACGAAAUUGGCUACAGUCAGUACAUGGAUGGUCUGUAUUCGCCAAGACAUCGAAACACGAAAGCGACGACACAAGCACGUGUCGAAACAAUGGCGUGCGAGCCACCGACCCUGUUGUCCGAGCUGUCUCCUCGACGCGGCCUGCACGUUCUUAUGUCGGAGCACAUCUACCGGCACGAGUACAGACCGAUCGACAAGCACAUCCCGCGGUUUUCGUCCAAGUCAUCGGUUGGCGACGUUGCUGCGGCCGCGACUCGGCGAAAGCGAGGCGUCGAGUACGGCAACCUCAAAGGCAAAGUAGUGCAUUCGCAGUAA